AUGACAGAGCCAGCCACAAAGAAAGGAACAACAGCAGGUCCCUCAUCAUCCACUGUUACUGAGGACAAGACACAAGAGCCAACCACAAAGAAAGGAACAACAGCAGGUCCCUCAUCAUCCACUGUUACUGAGGACAAGACACAAGAUAAAGUGAUCCUGAUCAAAGAGAACAAGACCUGGGAGGAAGCCUUGAAUUACUGCAGAGAGAAACACUGUGACCUGGUCUCCAUCACCAACCCUGACCAGCAGAGAUGGGUCCAAGAGAAAGCCAAGAAGGCUGACACUACCCACGUCUGGCUGGGACUGCGCUACACCUGCGUUAUGGAUUUGUGGUUCUGGGUCAAUGACAAUGCGGUCUGCUACCAGAAGUGGGCCUCAGAAGAAAAGACUGAGAGCUGUGACAGGGCUGCAGCCAUGAGCAGAGAGGAAGGACAUGAGUGGUUUGAAAAGGCUAAUACUGAAACAUUUAAUUUCAUCUGCACUGUAAAGUAAGUUUCCCAGGUCAGUGGUCGAAAGCAGCAGAAAGAUCCUAAAUGAGGGAAAGAUCAUAGUUUGAGUUUUUAAAAAGUUACUUGGUUAAAGUGUAUCUGUUAUUCUACUUUGUUGUGUGUGUAAAACAAAAACUAUAUAUUCUUAAAAACAUACUUAAACCUCCUCCAUUUGAGGCUCCUCCUCCACCCACUCUCACUCACUGGUCACAGACUUUAUAUUUUUGGUGUGCUGCUCUUGACUGCAACAAG